AUGAAGGGCCUCUUCACAGCUUCUUCUGCAGCGUUGACUCUGGCCAGCGGCACUCUUGCUGGUCCAGUAGCAACUCGCUCCGACAUCCUUUUCUUCAAGCCUUUGACUGUCACCCCGGACUCGGUGUAUAAUGUGCACAUCGGAUACAGCGAUGAUGCCUUCGAAGGAGACGUGCGAGUUGUGUACGGUGGCUGUGGCAUGGCAAGCCUUGACGACAGGCAUUACGAGCUCGGUACUACGCGAGUAACACGAUCUGCCCGGCCAGAGCGUCUUGUGUGGAUUGUGCCUGACAACACGAACCACGGAGGCUGCUUAUACGCAUACUCGGGGUCUGCAUUGAUUGGUCGCUCUGCCCCUAUCACUGUCAAGCAGCCGACCCGGAAGCGAGAGGAGAUCUCGGAUAUAGCAGAUGUAACAGGACCCUGGUUCGAUGGUGUUGCAUACAUGCAGGCGAAGCAAAACAACGCUUCGUUCGUCGCUGUUGCGAAGAGCAAGAAGAUUGCCAUUCUUGGCGGGGGAAUGGCGGGCUUGAUGACCAGCCUCCUGCUCGACUCUGUAGGCAUCCACGACUGGCACAUCACCGAGUCUUCGCAACGCAUUGGUGGUCGCAUCCGUACCAAGUACCUCGCCGGUAGCACGCCAGACCAAUAUCAGUAUCAGGAGAUGGGUCCCAUGCGCUUCCCUGUUUCCACGAAGUACGCAGACACCAACGAGACUGUAGACAUCCAGGACCACAAGAUGGUCUUCCAGCUCGCCGAUGUCUUAAACCAGAGGAACGGCAAUGACAGCGCGCUUGCUGUCAAUUUUAUCCCUUGGAUCCAAAGCAGCCCCAACGUUCCGGCCAAUUCUAACGGCUACCGCCUGCCCAACGGCCGCAUCCCAAGUGCCGCUCAGAUCAAAGCGAACAGCUCUCUGGUUCUGCCAGCCGCAACAGGUCCAGACCCGGAAGUCGAAGAGCAUGCUGAAGAGGCGCUUGAUGAGUUCAUGGGAAUUACCCCCGAAGUGCUGCGAAAUAUCUCAACCAACAUGUACAAGGCCCACAAAGCAGCCAUAGAGAAGGGUCUUUUCCAUUGGUCCGAGUCCGCGUACCUUCGUUAUGCCUUGAACAUGAGCGCGAACGAAGUCGACUUCAUCGCAGGUAUCGACAACAGCCCGAUGUGGGAAUACGACACCGCAUACUUCGCUGCCACGACUUGGCGGACAAUCGACAAGGGUUUGGAAUCCCUUCCUCGAGCCUUCCUUCCGCAUGUCCAGGACCGCUUGACGCUCGGCCGCAAGGUCACCGGCUUAAAGUACAACAAUGAUACCGGCAGCAUAUCUGUUCAGUGGCGUAACGAUCCCUUCGCAAUGGAGCCUGAGAGUGAGGAGUACGAUUAUGCAGUUGUCGGUGUACCGUUCUCCAAGGUCCGACUCUGGGAGCUCCCCAAGUACUCUUCGCUCUUAUCUCAGGCCAUCUCCUCCAUGAACUACCAGCAGUCCUGCAAAGUUUCCCUGCACUACAAGACACGUUUUUGGGAGAAGCUCUCCCCACCCAUCAUUGGUGGUUGUGGUGCAGUCGACAUCCCUGGCAUUGGCUCGGUCUGCUAUCCUGCGUACAAGAUCAACUCAACUGGACCUGGUGUCAUCCUUGGAUCCUACGCCUCCGGCACCCUGGCUCGUUCUCUUGCUGCCCUUAGCACUGCUGAUCACGUGGCUUACGUGCAGCGUGCGAUGGUUGAGGUCCAUGGCGAGAUUGCUGCAGAGCAGUUCACUGGCGCAUAUGAUCGUCAAUGCUGGGAGGUCGAUGAGCACCAGGCAGGUGCUUGGGCAGCACCCACUGUCGGUCAGCAGGAGCUGUACCUCCCAGCGUACUACAAGACUGAGAUGUCUACGAUCUUCGUCGGCGAGCACACAUCGUAUACACAUGCCUGGAUCUUCAGUGCCCUUGACUCAGCGGUGCGCGGUACGACUCAGCUGUUGUUGGACAUGGGUCUGGUCGAUGAGGCCAAACAGGUUGUUGACACCUGGAUGGCUAGUAACGUAAGCCACGGGCAAAGCGGUGCCAUUAGCUUGGAGCUAUACCAAAACCCGGGCAGCGAAGGCUGCUGUUGCGAAUGCAAGGAACAUGCUGUACCGUGUCUUAGUGGUGUGCGACAUAUCUCUGUGUUAUUUGCACGUGGUGCUGCUCUUGGCCAUGGCACUGUUGACGCGUCUUUCGGAAGACAGGCAGAGGGCUGCAUAACCUGUCAAUGGGGAGAAAGUGAGCAGAAUCGUGAUGUAUUGAUAGCUACCUACGUGGCGGUUAUCUACACGGGAGGGAGCUAUGGGCGCUUGCUAGAAACAGGAAGGCGCGUAGCCUAUUAGGGAAGAACCACAGUGAAGGUGCGGGCUGACACUGCUGAAGAAGUUCCUUUUGUAAGCUCACUUGCCAAGGUCUGGGCAUACAACAAUGUGAAAUAGCAUAAUC